GACUUUUGAGUGAGUUCCUGGCCUUGUUUAAUCAUUCAAAACAUCAUAUACACAUAUCUAAUCAUAUGCAAGAUUAACUUGUGUUAGGUAGAUGGGUCGGCAGCCGUGUUGUGACAAGCUCGGGGUGAAGAAGGGCCCGUGGACGGCCGAGGAAGACAAGAAGCUCAUUAACUUCAUCCUCACCAAUGGCCAAUGCUGUUGGCGGGCCGUCCCCAAACUGGCCGGCCUUCGCCGCUGCGGGAAGAGCUGCCGCCUCCGCUGGACCAACUACCUCCGCCCCGACUUGAAGCGGGGCCUCCUCAACCAGGCCGAGGAGCAGUUGGUCAUUGAUCUUCAUGCACGCCUUGGCAAUAGGUGGUCUAAAAUAGCAUCAAAAUUGCCAGGAAGAACCGACAACGAGAUCAAGAAUCAUUGGAACACCCACAUUAAAAAGAAGCUUAUAAAAAUGGGGAUCGAUCCUGUCACGCACGAACCCCUCAACAAUGUAGAAAAGGACCCAAAAAAAUCCCAAUCCGAACAAACGGAGGAGAAGCACCCGCAGCCGGAAGCUGCGGACGCCCCUUUCGCCUCCUCCUCCCCGGCCGACCAAAACAGCUCAUCGGACGACAACAACUUGUACGAAAACGACCCCUUGAUUAGCUGCCUAUUCCGGGAUGAUCCUCUACAGAUGGAUUUCCCGUGGGAGUUUCCAUCAUCAGAGGAGGGCCUCGCGGCCUCAUCGUGGGACCCGAGUUGCCAAUGGCUGCUCGAUUGCCAGGACUUUGGGGUCCACGACUUUGGCUUCGAAUGCUUCAAUGAUUUUGGAGUUGGGGCCAAUAGAGAACGGGAAUAAUCAUUAAUAAAAAUUAAUUUCGCCUUCGUAUAUACCUAGCUAGAGAGGAUGGAAAUGAAAAAUAUCACGAUUUGAGCUCACGUAUCACGUUACUAAGUAACAUGUGUGUGGCUCGAAUCGAUAGUAAUUAGUUUUUGUGUAUAUGGUGAUGGGAUAUGAAAGUGAAACCUUUCUUGUGAUUAGGUUUCCCACCAACCAAGAUUUACAGGGAAUUAUCAAAUUCUAAAUGUUUUUUAAAUGGGGUUGCUGGGAGAAGUAGUUAGACUUUUGUGCCACGUACCAAGGGUGGGGCAAUAUUGAUUAGGGUCAAACGUGACAAAAUGUACAUGUAAAUAUGAAGCCUUUUGUGAAUUAUGUACGGAUCCUUUCAAUAAUAAGAAAGCUAUAUUUUUAGUAUA